CGUGUGCACAAGGCACUGAGACUACCUGCGGGUCGGGGCAGCGGGAGAGCCCAGGGGGCCCCACAGUUUCCAAGAGUUUUGCUCCUCCCGCCCAAGCCAUGGCAGAGAACUCCGAUAAAGUUCCUAUCACGCUGGUGGGACCUGAAGACGUGGAGUUUUGCAGUCCCCCGGCGUACGCCACGGUGACCGUGAAGCCCUCCAGCCCCGCGCGGCUGCUCAAGGUCGGAUCCGUGGUCCUCAUUUCGGGGGCAGUGCUGCUGCUCUUCGGGGCCAUCGGGGCCUUCUACUUCUGGAAAGGGAGCGACAGUCACAUUUACAAUGUCCAUUACACCAUGAGUAUCAAUGGGAAAUUACAGGAUGGGUCAAUGGAAAUAGAUUCUGGGAACAACUUGGAGACCUUUAAAAUGGGAAGUGGGGCCGAAGAAACAAUUGAAGUUAAUGAUUUCCAGAAUGGCAUCACAGGAAUCCGUUUUGCUGGAGGAGAGAAGUGCUACAUCAAAGCACAGGUGAAGGCUCGUGUUCCUGAGGUGGGCGCUGUGACCAAGCAAAGCAUCUCCUCUGAACUGGAAGGCAAGAUCAUGCCAGUUAAAUAUGAAGAAAAUUCUCUUAUCUGGGUGGCUGUUGACCAACCUGUCAAGGACAAUAGUUUCUUGAGUUCUAAAGUCUUAGAACUUUGUGGCAGCCUCCCUAUUUUCUGGCUUAAACCUACAUAUCCAAAAGAAAUCCAGAGAGAAAGAAGGGAUGUGGUAAGAAAAAUUGUUCCAGCUACCACAGGAAGGCCACACAGUAGGCCCCAGGGCAAUACAGGGCCUGGAAGAUUGGGUAAUGAAACCAGACCCAGUGUUCAAGAGGACGAAGAACACUUCAAUCCCGAUAAUCCUUACCACCAGCAAGAAGGAGAAAGCAUGACAUUUGAUCCCAGACUGGACCAUGAAGGUAUCUGCUGUAUAGAAUGUAGGCGAAGCUACACCCAUUGCCAGAAGAUAUGUGAACCCCUUGGGGGCUAUUAUCCAUGGCCUUAUAAUUAUCAAGGUUGCCGUUCAGCCUGCAGAGUUGUCAUGCCAUGUAGCUGGUGGGUUGCCCGUAUCUUAGGCAUGGUGUGAAAUCCCUUCAUACCUUAGGUGCUAUCAGGGAAGAACUGAGAGUGGACAACCAAGCAGAAUACGGCAUGUUCAUGCCAAGCAACACAAAGUAUUUUAUACUCAACCUGAG